CCGUGACUCGGUUCCUACCGAGAAGGGGCCGCGUUGUUGACAUAGCUUCUCUCGGUGUUCGCGUCGCUUCGGACGAGCACGUCUCAAUAUUCCAACUUGUCGGGGUUGUCCAGACCUUUUGCCGUCUACAUGGUAUGGUCGGCUGAAGUUGAGGAAACCCUCCAGAGAAUUGAAGCUAAUGGAAGUGUAAUGGGUGUGAUAGUUGUCAAUGCAGAUGGUCUUCCAAUCCGAUCGUCGUUUGAAAGCUCCAAGGCAAGCAAGUAUGCGGAUAUCCUUCGCCGUCUCACCGCCAUGGCCAGGAGCACGGUGAGAGACGUGGACCCUCAAGAUGAUCUCAUCGUGAUGCGCAUGAGCACUAAGAAUCAAGAAGUUAUGGUUGCGCAAGAGAACUCCUAUCAUCUUAUUCUGGUCCAGAGAUUAGAGCGAUCCCGUGUAUGAAUGGCAGACUGAACUGGUCACAUGUUGGGUUAUAUUUGUGACAUGCUGAAAUUAUGUGCAGUGAUAAAGAAUGAGUGGAGGAGAAAGUCAUCUCGCGUAGAUAGGGAUUUUUGUGUCCACAUGAUCUACGACUGCAUCAGUUAUUCCUUUCUUUGAUCACCUAAACCAGUGAUAGUGGUAGGUAGAAUAAUGAACUGCUUAAAUCGGUACAAAAUAAACCAAAGUAUCCAUCCGC